AUGUGUCGCAACAUAAAGACACUCUCGGUCUGUCCGACGUGUAAUAAGCAGCUGUCGGAGAAUACCAACAAGCAGUGGUGUCGCGAUGCGCGGCGUCACGGCCACUUCGGCCGGUGUAGCACGGGUGUCCGCAAGUCCGAGGACGAGUUCCGCGGUGAGGAGUGCAAGGGCUGCGCCGAGGUGCGGGAGAACGCGAUGAAUGAGCUCGAUCUCGAGGACUUUGCCGAGAAGAGACUGGGUUGGCAUCCGUCAAAGGGGAGAGGCCAGGCUCCUGAGGAUAGUGACGGCGAAUAUGGAUAUGGCUGGUAG